AUGGAGCCGCAGAGCUCUGCCGCGGGAGCCCAGGCUGGUGCGGAGCCCGGGGAGCUCCUCCAGCGAGCCCUGGAGUUCAAGAGCCAAGGGGCGCAGUGCUACAAGGACAAGAAAUUCCGCGAGGCCAUCGGCAAGUACCACCGGGCGCUGCUGGAGCUGAAGGGGCUGCAGCCGCCGGAGCCCAGCUCCUCCGCCAGCUGCGCCGCUAGCCCGCGGGGCCAGCUCACCGCGGAGCAGAGCCAGAGCGCGGAGAGCAUCGAGAUCGAUUGUUACAACAGCCUGGCAGCAUGUCUGCUCCAGGCCGAGCUGGUGAAUUAUGAGCGAGUCAAGGAGUAUUGUCUCAAAGUGCUUAAGAAGGAAGGCGAGAACUUCAAGGCACUCUAUCGAUCGGGCGUAGCUUUCUACCACCUUGGUGACUUCAACAAGGCACUGGACUAUUUGAAAGAAGCAAGGUCCCGACAGCCAACAGAUACCAAUGUCAUACGGUAUAUCCAGCUGACCGAGAUGAAGCUUAGCAGAUGUUCCCAGAGGGAGAAAGAAGCCUUGUAAACAGGAACCUGCUUCAGUGACAAGGGGGACAUUUCCUUCCCAGUUGCUCAUUGGGUGGAUUUGUCCAUUUGCUUCACUCUGUCCCCAUCUCUCCAUCCUCCCUCGAGCGCUCUUAAUUUAAUCCCAGGUUUUAGAAGAGACUCGGACUCUGGGUUUGGCUGCUUGGCAGCACAGUGGUCAUUACCCAGUCCCCUCAGUGGGAGAGCACAGUGGCUGCAGCCUGCCUGAUUCCAGGACAGUGGCAGAAAGUUGGAGGAAGCGAUGAGAGGCACAUCUUUAGCCUUGGACUGAGUGCUUGCUGCAAUUCUGCACUGAAGAAAACAUCUCUGAGGCUAUGAUUUACCAAUCAACAAACUGGACACAAGCAUUUCCUACUGGUAGCGAUCACUGGAAUUCUACAGAGCCAGAAAACUAAGAGAGCUGUUGGCCACUUCAGGAGGGGAAGCAGAUUCCCCUUUCACCAGUUCCCUUGUGCCUUCCUCUCCGGCUCUGUAUUUUGAGGCCCUGUAGGAGUUCACGUACUCCAGAACCAAUGCCAAUUAAACCCAGUCUAAACAUCUUUUUAAUAAAAGCACAGAGCACCCUGUGACACUCCUAAACAGCAGUCCCAAUGCUGGGGGAGUGAGUUCUGGGAGUGCUGUGGAACUCUGAAGGGUAUGACAUGCACUGCACAGUACAGGGAUUAAACUGUGGAAUAAUUAUCUGCCAGUAAAAAUUGUGAAUGGUCAACAAUUCCACACAUUACUUUUAGAAGGGGUUCCUGGGUUCCUAAUCUCCAGAGAGGCAGCAUGGUCUAGAGAAAUAAGCAUGGGGCUGGGAGCCAGGAACACCGAAAUUCUUAUGAGCUCUGCCAAUGCCUUGCUGUGUGGCCUUGGGCAAGUCACUUUUCCUCUCUGUGCCUCAUUUUCCCCAUCUGUACAAUGGGGACAAUAGCACUUCCCUACCUCGCAGGGGUGUUGUGAGGAUUUAUUAGUUAAUGUUGUAAGUAAAAUUACAGUAAUGUACAGUGCUAAGUAUUAGUACACUGGAUGGAGGUUGCAAUCUGUCUGGCUUGUGUUGCUGCUUCCUGUGUUCUUUCCUUUUAGGAAAAUUAAUGCUGGUGAAAGGUGCAGGAUUGACCACCUUGGAGCCUGAAGACCUGUUUCUUCACUGAACAGGUACUAUCAGUCCAAACGUCCCCAAAUUCCCCCUCAGAUCACCUCUGGGGGUCAGCGGGGAGUUCAGUCUCCAUGACCCAUCAGCUCUUGGUCUUUUUGCUGAAACUGCCAACAAGGGAGUCCUUUAGUGAUGCGAACACACAUCCACCGGGAAACAACCCUUCUCCCCUCCCUACAAGUGAUUCCAGAUGGUGCACUGAGCACCCCUCAUACAGUCAGGGCUUUCACUCAGCAUGUGAACUGGCUGUUGUCCUCCAGCUGUCAGUAUGGAAAUGAGCAGUGCAUAGCACAACUGAUGGGUUUGAUGAGAAAAGUGGGCUCCAGUAUCCCACACCCCUUCAAGGGAUACAUUGCAUUUUCUGGGCAAGGGCUUGGAGGGUCAGGGUAGAUAAAUAUCUAGACCAGCUGAAAUGUAUCCCUCAGGAAAACGCCGAAUGGAACAGCACGAUGGUGCCAACUUAAAGUCAGCACCCAGGCUGCCUGCCCUACUUGCCCACCCCUAGGACCGGCCCUGCCUCCACUCAGCAUGACUGUGAUGUAAAGCGGUAAAGAGGCUGGAGUCACUGCCACCAUCAUCUUAAGUCCAGGGUGAGGAUAGACUAAGGAGAGAAGUUCUUUAGAUGACCCUGCACUGAACCUCAGCAAAUAUAGGGCAAUAUAAAGAGAGCUAGAAGGCUGCCUGGCUAAUGUGCUGGAAGGAUGUACAGUGCUUUAGAAGACAAGGUCCCUG